UGCAGGACACUGGGCUCCGGAGGCUAGAGAGGGGGUCGUGGUGAAGCGGAGCCGGUCCGGGGCCGGCCGGGAGCAGGCCGGAAGCCGAGAGGCGGCGACGGCGGUGGCCGGGCGGGCGGAGGCGAAGCCCGAGGAGCCGCCGCCUCCCGGGCCGAGGGACUUUUCAGAAAAGAAGAUGGAACAGCCUAGUGGAAGAAGUUUCAUGCAAGUGUUGUGUGAAAAAUACAGUCCUGAAAACUUCCCUUACCGCCGUGGUCCUGGGAUGGGAGUCCAUGUCCCGGCCACCCCCCAGGGCUCUCCUAUGAAAGAUCGCCUCAACCUCCCGAGUGUGCUCGUGUUGAACAGCUGCGGGAUUACCUGCGCGGGAGAUGAGAGAGAAAUCGCCGCCUUCUGCGCACAUGUGUCAGAACUGGAUCUUUCUGACAACAAGCUCGAAGACUGGCAUGAGGUCAGUAAGAUUGUUUCAAAUGUUCCUCAGCUGGAAUUUCUAAACCUGAGUUCCAAUCCUCUAAGUCUGUCGGUUUUAGAGAGAACAUGCGCUGGUUCCUUCUCUGGGGUUCGCAAACUUGUCCUCAACAACAGCAAAGCAUCUUGGGAAACAGUGCACACAAUAUUGCAGGAGUUACCAGAUUUGGAGGAGCUCUUCCUGUGCCUUAAUGACUAUGAAACAGUGUCUUGUCCUUCUGUUUGCUGUCAUUCCCUUAAGCUCCUACACAUAACAGACAAUAACCUCCAAGACUGGACUGAAAUCCGAAAGCUGGGUGUCAUGUUCCCUUCACUGGAUACCCUGGUCCUGGCCAACAAUCACUUGAAUGCUAUUGAGGAGCCCGCUGACUCCCUGGCUAGGUUGUUCCCUAAUCUGCGAUCCAUCAGCCUCCACAAGUCAGGUUUGCAGUCCUGGGAAGACAUUGACAAACUAAAUUCAUUUCCCAAGCUUGAAGAAGUAAGAUUGCUAGGAAUUCCACUUCUACAGCCAUAUACCACCGAGGAGCGCAGGAAAUUGGUGGUAGCCAGAUUGCCCUCCGUUUCCAAACUCAAUGGCAGUGUUGUCACUGAUGGUGAGCGAGAAGAUUCUGAGAGGUUCUUCAUCCGGUACUACGUGGACGUUCCACAGGAAGAAGUGCCGUUCAGGUAUCAUGAGCUCAUUACAAAAUACGGGAAAUUGGAGCCUUUGGCAGAAGUGGACCUAAGACCCCAGAGCAGCGCGAAAGUAGAAGUCCACUUCAAUGACCAAGUGGAAGAAAUGAGCAUCCGUCUGGACCAGACAGUAGCAGAACUGAAGAAACAGCUAAAAACUCUAGUGCAGCUGCCCACAAGCAGCAUGCUUCUCUACUACUUUGACCAUGAGGCUCCCUUCGGUCCAGAAGAGAUGAAGUACAGCUCACGAGCACUGCACUCUUUUGGCAUUAGGGAUGGAGAUAAAAUUUUUGUAGAAUCAAAAACAAAAUAACCUCUACCAGCCUUGUAAAAACUCACAUAAGGACUUCCUGCAGGGUGUUUGUUUCCAGCAAGCUUUUCUUUAGGAGGAAAGACAUUUCCGUUUUGUUUUGGUUUUUGUUUAGCUUUUGGAGGGGUUUUGUAUAUUUUCUUCCCCUAGAAUGGGUAGGGGAUUGUUUUUGGUAUUUUCUACCACAGAUUUCUUCAGCUCAGUCAGCAGACCUGGCUGCAUCUCCAGUCUUUAUGCGCUCUCUCGCUCUCUCUCUCUUGUGAAAGAUGACAGAGAAAUCACCGACUUCUUACUGUGUUGCUAGGAUUUGUCAGCCACUGGGCUCUUUCCUUCUUUCCUGCUAGGCGCAAAGACUGCGUGGUCCCCCAGAGGGGUGGUGCACAGUGUUCAAAUCCAGAGAUGGGGAUCUUCCCGGGAAUGGCCAGCACCUGGGUCUCUGGUUCUUCCUCCCCGCCCCCCUUUCCUUUCUGGGGUUCCGGCUUUCGAUCUGACUCGCAUACCCUUACCUGGUAGUUUUAUUCUGUUCGUAAUUAACUUGGCUUGCUUUGUUUUCCCCACUCAUCCCUGGUUUUAAAUGGUUUUGAGCAUUUUAAGUGUUUUGAGCCUGAUUCUGAUCUCAGGAACUCCGUUAGGUUUUGAAGAGAAGUAGAUGGAGCAGCGUUAACCUGGUGGAAACUUCUGGAAGUGUGGGCGUAGCGAAGAGCUUUGACCUCACCACCGCCGCCCCGCCCUGAGGCCCCUCCCACGCUAGAUCAAUGCUCUAUUGCCACACCUGACGCGCGUCCUGCUCUGGGUGUCUUUCCUUAAUGCUUAGUGAAUGUAUUUCCUGACAGCUUUAUAGCCCGAGAGUUCUGGGUAUGCACUCCGUAGCAGAGAAUUGGCUGGUCAACUGGCCAGGCGUGUGAAGGAAGUGGAGGGACUGGGAGAGAAUGAGCUGGCGGCCUUUCCGGCCUGUGCCAUCUAUGUGAAUGAAGCCCUUGUCCUUGCACUGUCACUGAAAUGAUUUUAAUCAAAGGGAACAGUGGUUCCCACCUUUUUCUUGGGACUUUGUGAUGUCAUGAUUGGACAGCUGUUUUUGUUUUGUAUUUCUUUUUACGCCCCCUGUGGAAUGAUUCUUGCCUGAUAUCUGAGUGAAGUUUCAGUGUCAAAACGUCCCAGGUGUUUUUGCAGAAGUGGAUAUAAAGCACUUUCAACACCAGCCCCUCACUCUCCUACUCUGAAAUAUUUUUCUUUGCCCUUCCAUUCUUUGUUAAUUAGAUGUAAAUUCUUUUUUUAGUAUAGAAUUUUGUUUUGUUUUGUUUUUGUUGUUGUUACUGUUUUUGUUUUGCUUGGUUUGGUUUGGUUUGGUUUGGUCUACCCAGGCUACUGAUGGGAGGCAGCCGAGAUUCUCAAAUGCAACUGUCGACCUGGUUGGUUGGGGUGGGGGUAGGGGGUUGUUUUGACCUUUAACCUUUGUUAUGUGAUUCCAACCGUCCUACAAGCUUAAGUUCUUGUAAACUCUUUAGGAAACUCCUGUGGGUUGUGUUUUUCCGUUGCCUCCGCCAUGUGGCAGGUGUUUGUUCUCUUGAAGCACUUCAGGUUCAGCAUCUCUGAAGCUGCUGACUCAGGCCUCCUGAGGCAGGCCUGCAUUCACCGCAGCAUUAAGGGUGAAAACCAAAGGGUUUAAGAAAGAUGGACGAAGCCGGUUCUCCUGCUUCAGACUGUCUCAGAAUCCUACAAAUGAGCAGUGGGGAUCAGGCCGGUUUAGACGAGGACAGUUAUUUUGCAAUCGCAUUUUCUUGACAGAUUUUUGGAAAUAGGAAAAAAAGUGUGGCAACAGUGUCACGAAGAUGAAGACUGUUUGCUUUGUGUAUGUGCGCGUGAGUGCGGAGGAGUCUGUGAGAGAAACUGUAAUGGAGACGUUGCUUUUGUCAGCCUGGGAAAACAGAUGCAUUUCUUAUUUUUGAACUUUGGAGCCACUAUCGUCCCACGGCAGCAGGCAGAGUGAGCACUUACACUUUGCGCGAUAAGAUAUUUUAUAUAUGACAAAAGUUUUAAGAGAGGCUUUUUUACCCUUUGAGACUCAUGUGUUCUAUUAUUACACAACAGUGUUUAUCUGCUGCAGGCCUAAUCCUUUAUUACAGUUGCAUGUAAAGGGAUUCUCAUCCAAUCCAACUGGUGUAGGUAAUUUUAGGGCAUUGUAAUUUGGUUUGAGUAAUUGCUGAAUCAUUUCCAAUUAAGAAAAUCUCAAGUACAAUCCUUGGCCUUUUAGAAGUACAGAAGAAACGAUCAAAGCUGUUUGAGCAUGAGUAUUUACAGGUUCCUUUUGGUGGCUGAGGAAAGCUGCUUUUGAAAUAAAAUCGGUGCUGUGUAGACAUUUAUAACCAAAAUUAUUUUUGUAACAGAUUCAGAAGGAGGAGAGAAGAGCCCAUGGACCUUUAAGAGUCUGCACGUUCUACAUCAUGCUUGUCUGUAGCUUGUCUGUAUGUUAAUACUGAUUUCAUCAGAUUGGGUGGGAACAUAUUGUUGACAGUUAGGAGGCAAAAUGCUGUCCUCACUGGUAUUACAGAGAUGUGCCUUCAGGCACGGCAGAUAAAACAUGCCUUUCCAAAGUAGAGAUUCUUUUCAGUUGUGAAAAAGGAAAGGAAUAACACAAGAAAGCCAAAUCCAAACCAAGGGUCUCCCUGGGGAUGGAGCUUCCAAAGCUGUGGUCCAAAUGGAUUUGUUAGUUUGAAUUAUUGAGAUACCUAGAUUGCUUUAAAGGAAGGGAAAUGUCCACAGUUGCCUGUUUCUGCAGCCCUUUGCUGUAAAUGCGUAAGAAAGCAGCAGAGAAGAAUGCCCCUUGUUCUUAAAGACCUUUUGGUGAAAAUGAAGCCACACAGCUGAGGGCUGUAAUGCUACACCCAGAAAAAGAAAAAGCAGCUAAUUAAGCCAAUGCAGUUCCAACUGGGAUUUUAGCCAUGUCACCCCACCAGCCAUGCUGGGGGCAGAGGACAAUUGGUUAUGCAGUGUUGAUCGCCAUGGGAGCCUUGCCACCUAUAGCUUUCCCUGACACCUGGGAGUGUGGCUUAGUCAGCUUAGGCCCCAGGGCAGGUAAAACAUGACUCCAGAAUGCGCUGUAGUUCUAAGUCCUGUCAUUUCUGUUUAUGAAUUUGAUUUUCCCCUUCAUUUCAUGUAAGACUGAAAUGCAAACUGCUUUCGAGAAUGCCCAGAAGCUUUGUGUCCCCAAAUGUUGUGAACUCUCCUGUUUUCAUAGGUGCUUCCUUAAAAUAUAUGUUUAUUGUAGUGACAGGGACUGGAUUCUCAGGCCCCUUACAGUUGUCUCCUGCAGUUAAUGGAAAUAUAAAUAUAUAUAUUUUAUUUUAGAAUAUAAUUUAAACAUGAAGGUCUAUUCUUUGCACUUUUUAUUAAUAUAUAUAGAGAGAUAAUCUUUAAAAAAUUAAAAAUUCAAGUCCAUUUACUCCUUGUGUUCUGAGUGUUUCUUCUGAGCAAAGAUAAUGCAGUUAUC